CUCACCCCGGCGCCUCUCUAUAAAACCCUCCGCCUUGUCGACCCUUCUUCCUUCUAUUCCCAAUUCGCAACAGCCCAAACAGAUAGACCCGGUCCGGGUGGCGGCCGUUUCAAUUCGAGGCUUGUGGCCGGCCGCCGCUGAAGCAGGAAGGAGCGUGCGUCGGACAUGGAGGACGCACGCGUGCUGGCGGUUGUCUUCGUCGACGGCGAGCAGAGCGUGGACUUGGGCACGGUGACCGUGCAGCCGUCGUUUGGCGGCGUGAAGCGGCUUCAGGCCGUCGUGGCAGACCGCGUGGGCGCCGCGCCGCACCAGAUCUCGGCGUCCCUGGCGCGGCCCCGCCGCGCCCGCCAUGUGCCCCUCGACGACGCCACCGACCUCGCCGCCGCCGUCGCGCGGGAGGGUUCCGGGUGCUACGUCAUCGCUGGGUUCCGCCGCUCCCGCCGGGGCGGCCGGUCCCGCCGCGACAGGAAGGGAGUCAACGGCGCGGCCGUGGAGAAGACCAUCCUGAAGCGCCUCCCGCCCACGGAUCUGGCGUCUCUGGUCAGCCCUCUCCCUCUCCCUCCCCGCGCCAGUGCCGGUGCCUCGCCCGGGCCGCUCGUGCUCUACGACGACUACGAGGCGCGGCUGCGGGAGCUGCAGCGGCAGCGCGACUGGUACUUGAUGAGCACCGCGGGUGCGGGUCCGGGUCUGGACCCCGCCUACUUGCACUUGUCGGUGGCGGCGGGGCAUCCGGAUAACGAGGACCCACAGCAGUGGUCCCCGAGGCGACGACCGUCCCCGUGCCCCGAGUGCGAGGCGGCGGCGGCGGCCAUGCGGCAGCCGGCGUUCCACUGGUGCGUGCGCGACGCGGUGGUCUCCGCGGGAUUCCGCUCCCACGUGGGCCCCAUCGAGCCCCCGCCGAAGAAGACUCCGUCUCCUCUGUCGCCGCCGAGCCCCGGCCGCCGCCCGGGCCUUGUCUACUAAUCCAUCGGCCAGCAGCUGAUCCAAUUCCAUCCAUAGUACUCUGUCUAGCAGCAAUUUGUAUGUAAGACAAAGUCAAGCGGAGAUGGGAUUGGGGACGAAUCAUGGAUGGUGGAGGUUGCGUGUGGGAGUUGCGCAUCGCGACAGGGAGGAAGAGGAUUUCUUCGCCGUAGAGUUGCUUUGUUUGUUUUUCCUUUUUGCCCUGGACUCUUCUGUUUUCCUUCUUAACGAGAGGAAGCUGUUUCUGGU